AACCGAACUCGGUUUAACUCCGCCUUACCUAAUGUGAUCUGAGCCUCUCCUCUCCCUGGGCUUGCAACAGCUCUCCGAUCCUAGAAUCCUCUUCAAUUCCAGCUAGGAUGCUGUGGCAGGCACUUCGCAGAUUUGGUCGAAAGCUGGUACGCAGACGUGCUCUGGAGCCUGGCUCGGCAGACACUCGCCUGACCAGAUGCCUGAGCACUCUGGAUUUGGUGGCCCUGGGUGUGGGCAGCACGUUGGGUGCAGGUGUGUAUGUCCUGGCUGGCGAGGUGGCCAAAGAUAAAGCUGGACCAUCCAUUGUGAUUUGCCUUUUGGUGGCUGCUCUGUCUUCCGUGUUGGCCGGAUUGUGCUACGCGGAGUUUGGUGCCCGAGUUCCCUGUUCCGGUUCUGCGUAUCUCUACAGCUAUGUCACCGUGGGUGAACUCUGGGCCUUCAUCACUGGCUGGACCCUUAUCCUCUCCUAUGUCAUCGGUACAGCCAGCGUGGCCAGAGCCUGGAGCUCAGCGUUUGACAACCUGAUUGGGAACCACAUCUCUCGGACCCUGCAGGGGAGCAUCUCACUGCAUGUUCCCCAUGUCCUCGCAGAAUAUCCAGACUUCUUUGCUCUGGGCCUUGUGUUGUUGCUCACUGGAUUGCUGGCCCUGGGGGCCAGCGACUCCGCCCUGGUUACCAAAGUGUUCACAGUGGUGAACCUUUUGGUUCUUGGUUUUGUCAUCAUCUCUGGCUUCAUUAAGGGGGACCUGCGCAAUUGGAAACUCACAGAAGAGGACUACAAAUUGACCGUGGCUCAACUCAAUGACACUUCUAGCCUAGGCCCUCUGGGCUCUGGAGGAUUUGUGCCUUUUGGCCUGGAGGGGAUUCUCCGUGGAGCAGCUACAUGUUUCUAUGCAUUUGUUGGUUUCGACUGUAUUGCUACCACUGGUGAAGAAGCUAAGAAUCCCCAGCGUUCCAUCCCUAUGGGCAUUGUGAUUUCACUGUUGGUGUGCUUCUUGGCAUAUUUUGGUGUCUCUUCGGCACUUACACUUAUGAUGCCUUACUACCAGCUUCAACCUGAGAGCCCCCUCCCGGAGGCCUUUCUCCACACUGGAUGGGCCUCUGCCCGCUAUGUUGUGGCUGUUGGAUCCCUCUGUGCUCUUUCUACCAGCCUCUUGGGCUCUAUGUUCCCCAUGCCUCGGGUGAUCUAUGCAAUGGCAGAGGACGGCCUCCUGUUCCGUGUCCUUGCCAGGAUCCACAGCGGCACACACACCCCCAUUGUGGCCACGGUGGUCUCUGGCAUUGUUGCAGCAAUCAUGGCAUUCCUCUUUGAGCUCACUGAUCUUGUGGACCUCGUGUCAAUUGGGACCCUACUUGCUUACUCCCUGGUGGCUGUUUGUGUCCUCAUCCUCAGGUAUCAGUCUGAGGUGAAGAAUGAAGAGGAUGAGGUGGAGCUGCAGGAGGAGAAGAGAGCUGAAGCUGAGAAGCUGACCCUACAGGGGCUGUUUUGUCCACUCAACUCCAACCCCACUCCACUCUCUGGCCACGUUGUCUAUGUUUGCUCCUCAUUGGUUGCUCUGCUCCUCACUCUUCUUUGCCUGAUGCUGACCAAGUGGCCCGUCCCACUGCUUUCUGGAGACCCAUUGUGGACUGUAGUGGUUGCGCUGUUUCUAAUGUUCAUUACUGGGAUCACGGGGAUCAUCUGGAGACAGCCACAGAACUCCACUCCCCUUCACUUUAAGGUACCUGCUUUGCCUCUCCUCCCACUAAUGAGCAUCUUUGUGAAUGUUUAUCUUAUGAUGCAGAUGACAGCUGGCACCUGGGCCCGAUUUGGGGUCUGGAUGCUGAUUGGGUUUGCUAUCUACUUCGGCUAUGGGAUCCAGCACAGCCUGGAAGAGGUUAAGAGUGACCGCCCCCCACUCAAGUCUGGGGCCAAAACUGUGGACCUUGAUCUCAGCAGUGCCUGUACACAUUCAAUUUGACAUCAUCAUACCUGAAUGCUGUCUGGUCCCCCUGCACAAUGGAGAGUACUCUUGAGCACGUGGGAAGCUAGGCCUCCCAUGGGAUGUUGGUGGGGGAACACCAACAAAGCUCUGUAUUUAUUGUGGAGUGAAAGAUAACGUCUUUGCUGUGCUGUGCCUCAUCUUUUUUUUUUUUUUUUUUUUACCGGUCUACUUCUCAAUUGUGUCUGUAGCUGUG